GCCUGCGGAAAAAUCCAUAAAAAAAGAAAAAGGGAAGAGAAGCUUCCACAUCUCGCGAUAUGUGACUGAGCCAGAAUAAUCCGAGAUUAGAGGAGUAACUUUCUGGGUGCUGGUGACAGGACGAAGACGGGCUGCACUAUAAACAGAAACAAGGUUGUGUCAGGUUCAAUCACUGGUCAAGGCAUCAUGUCUGAGCAGACCGGGAAGGUUCAGACCGUCCUGGGCCUGGUGGAUCCAGACCAGCUGGGCCGCACCAUGACUCACGAGCAUCUCACCAUGAGCUUCGAGUGCUGCUACUCCGCUCCUGCUUCAGGUGACGAGGCGGUGGCGGAGAACCCGUUCAAGAUGCAGCACAUGCACUGGCUGAGGCAGAACCCCUACAGCUGCCACCAGAACCUGCUGCUGCAGCAGGAGACCACCGCCGUGAGGGACGAGCUGCUGGCUUACAAGAAAGCCGGAGGGGGCGCUAUUGUGGAGAACACGACCAAAGGCAUCGACAGGGACCUGCCCACGCUUCGACAGUUGGCCAUGGACACGGGGCUCCACAUCAUCGCGGGAGCCGGGUUCUAUGUGGACUGUACUCACUCUGAGACCACCAGGAGUAUGAGUGUGGAGAAGCUCACGGACGUCAUCGUCGGAGAAGUGCUACACGGGGCUGAUGGGACAAACAUCCGCUGUGGUGUGAUUGGAGAGAUUGGCACAUGCUGGCCAAUCACAGAGAGCGAGAAGAAAGUGCUGAUGGCCACGGCUCAGGCUCAGGCCCAGCUCGGCUGCCCAGUCAUUAUUCACCCGGGAAGAAAUCCUGCAGCUCCAGCGGAAGUUGUUCGGAUUCUUCAGGAGGCUGGAGGAGACAUCAGUAAAACUGUCAUGUCUCACCUGGACAGAACCAUAUUUGAUGAGGGAGAACUGCUGGAGUUCGCCAAACUGGGCAGUUACCUGGAGUAUGACCUGUUUGGUGUCGAGACGUUGAACUACGUGUAUAACCUAGACGUGGACAUGCCCAGUGACAGCCAGAGAGUGAGAGCAUUGUCAUUCCUGGUGAAGGAGGGCUACGAGGACAAGGUCGUGGUUGCCCACGACAUCCACACCAAGGACCGUCUGACCAAGUACGGCGGCCACGGCUACUCUCACAUCCUGAAGAACAUCGUUCCCAAGAUGCUGAGGAGGGGGAUCUCACAGCAGCAGGUGGAUAAGAUUCUCAUCCACAACCCCAAACGCUGGCUGACCUUCAAAUAAGGGCCGUAAGCAGAGAGGGCAGACCUCAGUGUAAAGGUCAACAGUAUCAAUCUUUUUCAAUUUGAAAAUGAAAAAAAAAAAUCCAAAGGAUUUCUAAUCCAGAUUUUAGCAAACCAAAUUAUAUAUUUUUUCUGAUGCUAAUCAGAAAAAACACAACUUUACAGCAGAUAAAGAGAGCACAGACACAUGAUGGAUUUUGUGAUCAUCUUAUCUUUACAUGAUGAUUGAUUAUUCUUUAAUUAAUUCCGUCAUAUCUUGACAACAAUCACGUGUAAAAUCUUUAGCGUAGUUUGAAACCAGGGCUGAACAGGUUUGUGUUUCCACCAAAGAUUUCCAGUGUAAAUCAAUAACAUGGUUAUUAAUGAUGUUGUUCACAUUGAUGCCACAAAUAUUUUUUAAAUAAAUUUAAAGUAAAAAAUAAAAUCACAGCAUGUUUGAGAUACUUGGGUUUGUUUGAUUUAUUGUCCACUGACCGGUUUCACAGUUUUUGUGCCAAACACUUUUUUAUUCUACAUUCAGCACCAAUAUAUUUUUUUAAAUGUUAAUGAAAGGCAUUCAAAUUUUUCCAUAUUUUCUUAGCACGUUGUGUGACUGAGGUAUCAAACCAAAUCUCCGUAACUGUGAGACAGAUCCAAAUAAUAGUUUUUUGAAAUUAUCAGAUUUUUUUUGGGAACUCUAAACAAACACACAUUUUGUUGUUUUUGUUUCGCCCAACUUUUCUCACAGUUUCUCUUCAAAGGAGUAUAAUUGCAGAAUGCUGUUUCAAUCAGUUGAUUUUUUUUUGUUCAUUUGCAAAACCUUGUGUUUAGUGAUGUCGCCCAUUUCAAGCUAAUUAGGUCACAGAGCCAAAGAAUCACGGCUGCAUAAAUGUGAAGGAAACUGCACCAGUUUGUUCUGCUCUCAGGUAGUAUCGUCGAUGACGGCGCUAUGAAGCUGCGAAGCUAACACAUCCCCUCGGCUGUGGUGACGUUCACUUAAACAUUCUGCACACAAAUUUUCAUGAAAGGGGUAAAAAGCUAGUGCGGCUGUAAUCAGUAUGCUGCUCUGCUCUGCUCUCCACACAAUGCGGCUGUGGUAAAUGAGUUGUCCUGACGUCCCUCAGUGGGUGUUGGGGUGUCUGUAUGGGAGGCUGAGUGUCUGGCGAGCCCAGAUGAAGGACACGUUCUCCUCUCACCUGGAAACAGGUGGCCUCACAGGGUGACUUCACCACAUGAUCAAUGACGCGGCUUCAACAGCUGACUGUGAGCCGUGAAAGGCCGUGUAACUUUGAUGAAUCUUCGGAGAGUGUUACAGAGUGAGCCACAGGAUCUCAUUUUACAAUAUAUUCAACACUGUGGCUGACAGGCUUCACUGGAGGAGCUUAACAAUCAGCAGGCAGAUCGAUGAAUGUUGUUGGGCCGGAGGAGACAUCAUUUUCUCUCAGACUGUCCAGUUUUGUGAU